UCGCCCGCCGCCCCGUCCCGGGCUCACCACCACCAUGGCAGCGCGGGCUCGGCGCCCCUGGCUCAGCGUCAUGUUGGGGCUGGUGCUUGGCUUCACCGUCGCCUCCUGGCUAAUUGCCCCCAAAGUGGCCGAACUGAGCGAGAGGAAGAGGCGCCGAGGCAGCGGCGGCUUUGCUGGCGGCGGCGGCAGCAGUCUCUGUUCUUACUACGGCCGAGCGGCUGGGCUGCCCGGGGGCAAGAGGCAGCAGCUGCAACCCGAGGCCAGGGCGGCAGCCGCAGCUGGAGGGCUGGGGGGCGCCAGCUUGUGGGAACAGGAGCCGCCGCCGCCGCCUCCCGCCGCGGAGGACCAGCCUGUGCCCAGUCCUCCAAUUGCUGCUGCUGCAGAAGGAGACCCGGAGGAGGAGGAGGAGGAGGAAGAAGGCGCCGGCCGCCACGGCAGCAGCCACAAUGGGAGCGGGGACGAUGCGGGCGCCCCGGGCUGCGCCAAGACUCGCCACUUCCUUUACGUGGGGGUCAUGACUGCCCAGAAGUACCUCAGCAGUCGAGCGCUGGCGGCGCAGCGGACCUGGGCGCGCUCCAUCUCCGGCCGCGUGGAGUUCUUUUCCAGCCAGGGCUCAGUCCCGCCGCCCGCUUUGCCAGGAGAGCAGCCGCUGCCCGUCAUCGCUUUGCCUGGAGUGGACGACUCGUACCCGCCGCAGAAGAAGUCCUUUAUGAUGCUCAAGUAUAUGCACGAUCACUACUUGGACACCUACGAGUGGUUCAUGCGGGCGGACGACGAUGUCUAUAUCAAAGGAGAAAAAUUAGAGGAAUUCCUAAGGCCACUGAACAGCAGUAAGCCUCUCUAUUUGGGGCAGACAGGACUGGGAAACAUUGAAGAACUUGGAAAACUGGCUCUUGAGCCAGGAGAGAAUUUCUGCAUGGGAGGACCUGGAAUGAUCUUCAGUCGUGAAGUUCUUAGGAGGAUGGUGCCACACAUAGGUGAAUGUCUUCAAGAAAUGUAUACUACUCAUGAAGAUGUAGAAGUGGGUCGAUGUGUUCGCCGGUUUGGUGGAACUCAGUGUGUUUGGUCAUAUGAGAUGCAGCAGUUGUUCCAUGAAAACUAUGAACACAACCGGAAGGGCUAUAUACAGGAUCUUCACAAUAGCAAAAUUCACGCAGCAAUUACACUUCAUCCAAAUAAAAGGCCAGCUUAUCAGUAUAGGCUCCAUAAUUAUAUAUUGGCCCGUAAAAUAUCAGAAUUACGUUAUCAUACCAUACAGCUUCAUAGAGAAAGUGCCCUCAUGAGUAGGCUCAGUAAUACUGAAAUCAGCAAAGAUGAUCAGCUUCUGGGAAUUAUGCCAUCUUUUAACCGCUUCCAGCCACAUGACAGGAAUGAAAUUAUUGAAUGGGAGUUUCUGACUGGAAAGCUGCUUUACUCUGUGGCUGAGAAUCAGCCACUCAGACAGAAUAUUAAUAGUGCCCUGCGGUCAGCACUGGAUGACACUGUAAUGCAGGUAAUGGAAAUGAUCAAUGAGAACUCUAAAUCUAGAGGGAGACUUAUUGACUUCAAUGAAAUACAGUAUGGGUACCGCAGGAUUGACCCUUUACAUGGUGUGGAAUACAUUCUGGAUUUGUUGCUUUUAUACAAAAGGCACAAAGGAAGAAAAGUUACUGUUCCAGUACGACGGCAUGCUUACCUUCAGCAAUUAUUUAGUAAACCAUUUUUCAAAGAGGAAGAUGAACUCGAUGUGGGCAGUCUUGUAGAAAACUUGAAUAGUGUCACACAGUCUUUCUCCUUCCUUUCUAAUUCCUUGAAUUUGUUUUCAUCUUUUCAAGGUGCCAAAGAAAUAGGAACACAUGGUGACAAAAAGAUUCACAUUCUAGUCCCUCUCACUGGGAGAUACGAUAUUUUCUUAAGAUUUAUGGAGAACUUUGAAAAGACUUGCCUUAUCUCCAAGCAGAAUGUACAGCUGGUAGUUAUUCUCUUCAGUUCUGAUUCUGGUCAGGAUUCCAGUAAACACAUAGACCUGAUUAAUGAAUAUCAUCAUAAAUAUCCUAAGGCAGACAUAACAGUAAUUCCAAUGACGGGUGCUUUCUCUAGAGGGUUAGGUCUUGAAAUGGCCUCCUCCAAGUUUGACAAUGACACUUUGCUGCUGUUCUGUGAUGUUGAUCUUAUAUUUACCACAGACUUUCUCCAACGGUGUCGAGCUAAUACUAUUCAAGGGCAACAAGUUUAUUAUCCUAUUAUUUUCAGCCAGUAUGAUCCCAAAGUAACAUAUGGAGACAACCCUCCAAUGGACAGUAACUUUGUUUUUACAAAGAAAACUGGGUUUUGGAGAGACUAUGGGUUUGGGAUCACUUGCAUUUACAAAAGUGACCUUUUAAGUGCUGGUGGAUUUGACACCUCAAUUCAAGGUUGGGGACUUGAAGAUGUAGACCUCUUUACUAAAGUAAUAACUUCUGGACUGAAGGCUUUUAGAAGCCAAGAAGUAGGCGUGGUGCAUGUUUUUCAUCCAGUUCAUUGUGAUCCCAACCUGGAUCCUAAGCAAUAUAAAAUGUGCUUAGGAUCCAAAGCAAGUACAUUUGCCUCUGCCAUGCAACUAGCUGAAAUAUGGCUAGAAAAACAUUUAGGUGUCAGGUAUAAUCAAACUUUUUCCUGACAUUCUAACUUGCUCUGCCUUCCUAGGGGACUUUACCUCAUUACUACUUUGUUUUAUUGUUGCAUUCACAAACUCCUCUUUGUCUUCCAAAGGAUAUGAGUUUGACCUCAAAUGAACAGUCUGCUGUCAAGAUCAUUACAGUUUCCUACUGAACUGAUUAUAUAUGGUGUCUUUCUAUUCUCUUUGAUCUAUAAACCAAGUAAAACCAUGGCAAUCAGACAAUCCCAUGGAGCACAUCUAUCAUGGGGACUACAUCAAAUAAAUGUUCUCUUUAGACAUUAGGAUGCAAUAUCAGUCUUCAUUGUGAGUGUUAAACAUAAUGUGAUACAGAGAUUUUGUGUUGGAAGGUACAACAGAAGUGCUUUAUGCUUCCUCUGGGAAAGAGACUCUGGCAAACUUGAGUUUUAUAAUUUAUAUGUGGACUAAUAUAAAAAGUAUUAUUCUUCAUCUUUAUAGUUUUUAAAGUAAAUGAAUAACUGAUUUUUUUAAAAAAGAAAAGAAAAUACAAACUGAAAGUUUUUUUUUUUCUGAAAUGCAACUGGUACUGGCUACCAAGAAACUUAAAGAUUGUAAUAAAAUAACCUCAUCGUUACUAUCUACACACAAUUGAACUAUGUUUUCUCAACGAAAUGUGACUUACUCAAAUAUUUGCAUAAUUGAAGCAGUUUCUGAAUCAAUGUCCUUCAUUUGCUGGCCAGAAGACACAAUAUGGUUAUUUAUAAUAAAAGUACGGAUGUACUAUAUUCUUUUUUUCAAAGACAAUAAUGUGUUGCUUUAAGUUGGUUUAGAAUGAGCCUCUAAUAUAUAAAUAAUUUUCUAUUUUA